UAGUGGGUAACGAUCAUCCAAUAGGCAUGGACGUAUUGAGGUCCAGACCGACUAAACAAACCAACAGAGAACUAUAUUCUAACUGAGUGGGAUACAAAGACAGACAAUAUUAUAUACUUAUAUCAGCAACUUAAACUAGGCCAACGAAUAUAUUUCUAGGCUCUCGAUGUAUGUAUCUGUGUUUGGUUUUGGAUUGAUAACUAACCGAUUGUACUGCUGUUGUUUCCAUCAUGUUAAACGAUGUGGAGAACCUGUUCUUUGAAGCAAUAAAAACUGGCGAAGUCGAUGGGAUAAAGUACGUACUAACCAGCUGUCCUGAUUUUAACAAAAAUUGCAUCGAUGAAGACGAAAGAACAGCCAUAGAUGUUGCAAUUGACUCCGCGAAUAAAGAUUCACUAGAAGUGCUACUUGAAAAUGGAUUCGAAAUAGGUGACGCCCUCCUGCGAGCUGUCGAUGCCGAAUUUCAGACAGGCAUAAAAGUUAUUUGCGAAUAUAUAAUGAAAACUGAACAACUUGAUAAGCUGAAUUGCCACUCAAAGGAUGGUAAAUACCACCCCAUUAUUACACCGCUUGUUCUUGCUGCACAGAAAGAUCGUUAUCACACUAUCAAACUAUUACUGAAGUAUGGGGCCACGAUAAAAAACCCAACAUCUAUACUCGAAACGGAAGACUAUAAUCUAGACAGCUCAUUAGCAGUGCUACACCUAUAUCGUGCUAGAGCCAAUCCCGCUUACAUAUCUUUAGCAUCAUCGGAAGGUGACCCAUUCUCAGUUGCGUUCCGAAUGAGCAGGAGGCUGAGAAAGUUAAGUUUAGAGAGGGCGGAAUUUGGGGACGCGUUCGAAAAUUUGGCGGAACAGUGUGCAGACUACGCAGCGAGCAUCUUAGAUCACAUACGAAGCGAAGAAGAACAGGUUAUUAUAUUCAACCAUUAUAAAAGUGCAAAGCCCUCUGGAACUCAUCACCAAGGAUUAUUGUAUCCGCACAGAGUUCAAAUGGCAAUAAAAUAUGAACAAAAACAGUUCGUUGCUCAUCCGCAUUGUCAACAGUACCUCCAACAGAUGUGGUAUAGGGGGUUAAACAGACAGAAGACAAAUCAUUAUCUCUUUCUUGUCGGUUUAAUGUUCUUCUAUCCUGUAGUCUGCCUAGCUUACAACUUCUCUCCAACGUCAAAAGUGGCGCAACUGUUACAGGUUCCGUAUGUAAAAUACCUCUGCACCAUCGCCUCAGAACUAACAUUCCUAUGUAUAUUGGUGUACGAUUCGGUAUACAUUCGAACAACUUUGCCUGAUACUGAAAGCAAUGUUACUACUACGACAGGAGAGUCACCGCCAGUUACACAUAUUCUUAUGAGACCACUACAUGUGCCAAUGUUUGUCAUAAUUAUAUGGGUAUUAGCAAUGACGUGGCAGGAGGUGAGGUUGAUGUCUAAGCAGGGUAUACGUAGAUACCUCAAAACUUCAAUAUACAGUAUCAUCACCAUAUGCCUUUAUUGGUGUUUCAUUGGAAUUCAAAUUGAUGCGUGGUAUGAAGCUCAUUCUGGUUCAUCAGUGGGCAACGUUUUACCUGAAAUGACCAAUGCUACGCCACUGCCUCCUAAGAAAUAUUUCGAUGAAGCAGAAUACGGAAACUGGUCAUUCUUGCAUAACCUAGAGAAGUGGAUGACCGAAUUAAACGAAAACUGUUUAGCAGAAGAUACUGAGGCCGUUAGCUCAGGCUCUGGAGGCGUCACCAGUCGAAAACGGAAGCAAAAAACCACAGAUCAGACUGACAGCCAGGGUGCUCAAAGCUGGCCGGUUUUGCUCCUCUUAGCAGAGUCUUCAUUUGCGUUCGCCAAACUCAUGACGUUCAUACGAAUGGUCUAUACUACGGUUACGUCACGUGACAUAGGGCCUAAGAAGAUCUCAAUCGGAAAGAUGGUUUACGAUAUUAUGUAUUUUUUAAUCAUAUUUACAUUCAUUUGGUUAGCUUUUUCCGUCGGAAUGAACCAACUGUACUGGUUUUAUGCAGGUUCUAUUACCUCAGGGUUUUUAACGCUUCAUGGUAGUAUUCGCUCGCUCUUCUGGGUGCUUUUUGGUAUUGUGGAUGAAGUACCCUUGUCUGGUAGUGGCAUUGACAGUGACGUUAUAGUCGCCGCUGGCUUUGUUAUGUAUUCGGCUUACCAUAUCAUCUCCAUCAUAGUCUUGCUCAAUUUGUUGAUUGCAAUGAUGAGCGACACGUAUGCUAAAAUCGAAAAUGAUGCGGAUAUUGAAUGGAAAUUCGCUCGAUCAAAGCUCUGGUUAGAAUAUUUUGAUAAUGAUAAAGUUGUUCCGCCACCCUUUAACCUCAUUCCCCGCCCUCACAGGAUCGUUCAACUGAUCAAAUCGUGUUUAUCUUCCGUAGAUGAAAAGGAAUUGCAGUUUGAAAAAAAUCAAAAACAUCAUCUACAUUAUGAGACAACUAUUGAUGAACUUAUAAAACGCUACCACAGUGACCAAGAAGAUGAGAAAGAAGAUCCUGCGCAAGUGAUAGCUAACACGGUUGCAGCUCUCAAAAAAGAUAUGUUUGGUGCCCUUAACCAGAUAAACACAACUGUACAACAAGCUAAACAUAACAUUGAAACUGACCCAGACGACAUGCUUGCAAGCCAUAUAGUUAAAAAGAUGAAAACGGCGACUGUGCUGCGUUCCAGUAUGGACUCAGUACGUUCAGGUUGUAGUCUAAAAUCUCCACCUCAACUUGACAAGGAGGUACAUGAACUUGAGGUUAGCCCGAGUGAACUAGAAUUCGCAGUCACUCGCAGGAUGAAUUGUAAUCAUGUAGACCCGUCCUCUCUUCCAUCGUACUUUGACAUCAGAUCAGAUUCUGAAAAGAUUCGGUACGUUGAUGAAAUGGACAGUGAAAACGAAAGUGAGCCAGGGGAAGCUGCGAAAAUGAAAAUAUGAUUUGAUUUUUUUUUUAUAGAUAGGCCUAGUUCUACAAACGAAACGGUUUGUGGUGUUUUGUGUGGAUGAAAUAUUACAUAUUUUUUUAAAUUUUGAACGUUAGAAAAAUUUAAGUCUUAAAACACUACUAAAGUACCAAAUUUACCCCAAAACUUCCAACAAUAUUGAUGUUCCAUCAUUAUAACAACAUACUCAAGGAGAUACAGCUUACUUGGUGCGAUUAAUAUUGUCUAUACCAUUUGAUCUAACAUUGUGAAAACAGCUUAAUGUAUAUGAAUGUCUGGUCACGUGAUGAACCCAAAUAAACACCACAAUGUUGUUAACGUGUUAAAAACAUCAAAUUGCAAUUCAUUAUUUAUCAAGUUAGGUACUUAAUGGAACUCAAUCGCGGCAUCAUAUUUUGACAGACUAGUGUAUACCGUUUGGACACGAAGUGCUCAAUUUUAAUAUUCAUUACAAUGUUGUAUGUAUUUAAUAACCCGGCAGACAGAGACAGCAAACGAGUGUGUUGGUUAAUAAAAUGCAGCUGUAUUAUGUUAAGAUAUGUAAGUUUACCCUCACUGUGUAUAAUUAAGAAACCCUUGUUUAAGGCAUAUCAUGUAUUUGUUAUUCAUUGUAAUAGAUUGUCAAUAAACAGACACGCAGCAAGGUU